UAAUAUAGUUUCUCUUUUGCAGGAUGCUGUAUGGAUUCUCCCAUCCUGCUUGGCAUGAAAGACCUUGAAGAUGAAACUUUUCGGAUGCCCAUGCGAAGAAUGCAUUCUCUCCCGCACAGCCUCCUGGGAUGUAGCCCUGCUCUGAAGAGGACCCACCUAGAUUUCCUGAACUGUGACAUCUUCCAGGCAUGUGGCCCUGAAGAGAACAAGGAGAACGAACCCUUUGAAUUCAAGAAGCCAACACAACCCGUUUCUCGUAGCUGUCUGCGUGCCUCUUCCAUUGAAGACGAAAAAGACGCUUCAGAGCUGAGGCGGAAAUCUGACUCAGCAUUUGUGUUUCCUAGUGAUGAAGCUACUGGAAAUGAUGUUGGAAUCUGCAACCCAGCUUUUCUCAGACGGCGUUCUCGAAAGAUCUCCGAAACGGAGGAGGAAGAGAAUGAUGAUGGAUUCUUAGAGAUAAUGGAUGGUCAGGAUGUCAGUAACAAUGAAGGGAGGACCUCUGAUGUGGCAAGCCUUUGGACAGCCCCUUUAGUUAUGAAAAAUGUGGAGGAUGCCCAUAACAAACGAUGCCGGUCGGUGGGCAUGGAGAGUAAACCAUACAGCAUGACCAAGAUGGCCCUGAAAAGGAUGGAGAGGUCCCAAGAAGACACUUCGCCAGGUUUCAGUAAGAGGAGGAGAAAUGUCUGCGGCACACCUUCUGUUGACCUGAAGAGUCUGGUCCUGGGUGGAACACAGUUGUCAUCAUCGUCAUCUUCAGGAGAGAUAGAGAGUCUUUUGGAUAGUGACCCAAGGGAUCUAAUUGGAGACUUUUCCAAGGGUUAUCUUUUCCACACGGUCAGUGGGAAACAUCAAGACCUGAAGUACAUUGACCCAGAAAUGAUUGUGGCAGUGCUGAAUGGAAAGUUUUCAGGGGUCAUCAAGGAAUGUGUGAUCAUUGACUGCAGAUAUCCCUAUGAGUAUGAAGGAGGUCAUAUUAAGGGUGCUGUAAACUUUCACAUGGAAGAAGAUGUGGAGAACUUUCUGUUGAAGAAGCCCAUGGUGUCCUCAGGCAACAAGCGAAUCAUCAUAGUUUUCCACUGCGAGUUCUCAUCAGAGCGGGCCCCUCGCAUGUGUCGGUUUGUUAGGGAGAGGGACCGACUGGGUAAUGAGUACCCAAGUUUGCACUACCCUGAACUCUAUGUUCUGAAAGGGGGCUAUAAGGACUUCUUUCUAAAAUGCAAGAGCUACUGUGAGCCUCAGGGCUACCGGCCCAUGCACCAUGAAGACUUCAAGGAAGACUUGCGCAAAUUCCGCAUCAAGAGCAGAACCUGGGCAGGUGAGAAGAGCAAAAGGGAACACUACAGUCGCCUGAAGAAGCUAUGAAAGCUCCACCAACCAGGGCAGCCGGAUUCCACUUACUUGCCUGCCUGGUGGGAUGUCAGAGCUGCUCCAUUCCUUUAGCUGCUUUUCUCGCAGGACUAAAUAACUGUUGGCCGAAUCACAUCCCAAAAGACAAAGUGGGACACUUGUAUGGCCUCAUUGCAGUCUUGGACCCUAAGAAUCUGCCUGCUGUUGUGAAUCCAGGAUCUUACCUUGUGCCUCUUAAGACAAUCUGUGUGAAUGAGAUCUAUAUGUGAACAGGAGAAUGGAGCAUUAGUUAGAUUUUAUUGUGGAUUUUUAAAUGAUGCCUUUUUAAAGAAGCUGUUAUCUAUGGCUGAAUUACCUGGCUGGUGUCAUGGUCCAGUUCAGUUAGAAGGGCAACGAGUGAGUCAGGAUGUGGGCCUUUGGAGCCUGUCCUCUGAGCUGCUCCCCUUCUCCCCUUGAUUUUAUGAGUGAGAAAUUCACAGCUGAGUAAAUGUGUGGGGGGGGGGGGGGGUGUGAAAGAAGUUUUUCUCUCAGCUUAAUGCUUGGUCACAAAAAGCUUGUUAUCAGCUAUCAAACAGGAAGCUGUGUCAUCAUGUUCUGUAACUUAAGUCUUUGGGUUUGCAGUAUUGAAUCUAAUCUUGGUGACAUAUUCACCUGAUUUGGUUUGUAAAAGAGGAACGUGGGGGUUCCUCAAUAGGUAGGAGUAGUUUUCUUCAGAUGAAGCCGCAUGGCUGGUCCUGCGUGAAGCAACCUAGUGCCAAGAGUAGCUUGCAGGCAUUCUGAUGAAAAUCGCACAGAUGUGUGCACACAGCCCCUGUGUGUCCAUUUGGAAAGUAAAAUUGCAGCAUGCCUGAGAAGUUAAACCAGACUUGGCACAAUCAUGGCUUGUCUCCCCCCCAUCCCACCUGCCCCCAUCACUCACAGUCUUAGGUUUACUAACAUAUUUAAAGAGAGACCUCAAUUUUGAACCGUUGUAAAUGAAGGAUGUGAAGAAGAUGGUUCCUCUUGGCAGGGCUCAUUACACUGCCUUUGUUUCCACUUGAGCUGUAGAUGCCAAGGACAUUUAGGAGGAGGAAUUAAAACGUAGGGCUAAUGUUAGUUACUUAGAACAGCUAUUUGGUAUCAGUCUAUUUUGCCUCAUAACGGCUGCAGUAGUUCAGAGCCCAGCCAGGGACUUUGCUAUAGAAGCUGCAGCUCUUAUGCAUGUGGCUGUUUUCUUGUGUGAAACACAGGCAUAGGGUAACACAGUGGUGGGAAUAGUGUGACCCUCCGGAGUUAUGGGACUGUAACUUCCAGUGUUGUUCACUUUGGCUGCAUUGACUAGGGCUGCUGGGAGGUAUAGUUCUACAUCAGAAGAGUGGUAUGGUUUCCCAGCCCUAAUUGAGCACGAAGUUGUGCAAGCUGGGAUACGUCUGUAGAAAUACCUGGGGUCAGACCGUCUCUCUACCCUCGGCCUCUUUGGUAAUGUUUAGUUUGACUUUCUCCUAAACUAGGCUUCUUGUGUGUGGUUGAUCACAGACCCAUAAAUUAAGCUGUGUCAUCCUUGGAUUGAACUUGGCUUUUUCCAAAGCUGGUCAACAUAUUUAAGAAACUGGGAUCCUUGGUUUGUACACAGUAACAAGCUGAGAUUGGGGGAAAGUGAAACUAAAUGCCCACAAACUUUUGUUCUCCAGGCCCAUAGGAAACAACUUGGAGGGACAAUGAACCCAGUGAUAAACCAUGGUUUAGUGUUUGUGUGUGUGUCAGUAUUAAAAGUGGUUUACAUGUAAGCAUUUGCUGAUGCAGAGAGGGAAGGUUUUUAGCUCCAUAGCCUUGUAAGUUUUAAUCCUUAAGAUUUGUGUGUCAGUAACACAGCUGAGUCCCCCACAAAAUACCAUAAUAGGGAAUCAGCAGCUGCCUCUUAAUGAGGUGGAUUGGAUAUUUGCACAAAUGUUUGUAUCUUGGACUAAAUGUUCCAUCUGUUUUUGACAUCUGCAUCAAGUGUCUGUACCAGAUAGGAAGUGUCACCCUUGUUAUUUAUAGCCAUUUGUGCCAGUGAUCAGUAUUUACUUACAAACAGUCCCUCCUCAUGCAGUCUGAGGAAGGUGUGCCAUCCGCAGAAGAUGAUUCCGCAGUAAAUCCCCAUUGGGAGGGUCCUGGCUUCCUUCUACUCUUACAGGAUCCAGCAGAGCACUAGAUGACUUGGUGACUCAAGGGCAGGCUUCUUCCUGAGAAGAUCUCAAAGGGAGGGAUCUUUGGAAUCCUUAUAAUACCAUCUCCCUUCCAUGCAUUUCUUGGUAUUAUGAAAUAUGCAUUGUUCAUUCAAGUUGCUGUUUGUCCUUUUAAUUUGUGCAAAUGUCCAUUUCAUUUGAGACCGGGGGGGGGGGGGUGUGCUUUUAGUAUAUGGUAAAUAUUUUCAGGGUGAGGGAAGGCAUUGUUUGAAUUGAGAUUAAGACAAAGGGGCCUCUGACACCAUCUUGUUGCCUUGGGGGAAUAAAUAGCCUCAUUCCCAA